CGAACUUUCGUAGCAACACAGAGCGACGAACACAAGUCAAUGAAAAGCUUAUUUCCAGAAUUAGUAGAAUGACAUGAUACAGAGUCAAUGAUUGGAAUCCACAAUUAGAAACUCGAUGGUAAUGAUAGUCGGCUGGACCGCUACGUGUUUUUUUUUUUUUGUGUCUUUCCCAACAAGAAAGCAGCCGAAAUCCUCUAAGAAAGUGACUUGGUGUACUGUUAACAUGAUUUGUCUUCACUUCUUUUUCAACUCCACAAUCGUCUUCUUCAUGAUCCAAUAUCAAUUAGAAAUUUGGUGUAAAGUUCUAUCACCUUCUUCUUCUUCUUCUUCUCCUUCUUCUUCUGUUUUUGUAUAUAUAAAAGCCACCUCACUGCUUCAAUUCAAUCCAAUUCCACAACAAAAGCCCAAUUUCACGAUUCAACUUCUUCUUCAAUUCGAUCAAUAACCCUAGUUUUUUCAAUCCAACCCCGAAAACCCAACUCAAUUCCCUCUGACCCGAUUUGCAAUCAGACCCAGAAUGAUGACGAUGGAGAUUUAAGGUGUGUUCUGGAGGAAGAAGAGAUUGAGGUGUCCUGGAGGAAGAGCUCCUUGUUUCUAAUAUCAAUUACGGCUUGCAGCUCCAAAUUUCAAGAUCCGGCUGAUUGCAAUGGAGAGCGUUUUGGGUGAAAGACUGGUUGGAGAGCAUCCCAUGGCAACCCAGGAAUUGUUCCGCACCGUCCACUUUGCAAUCUUGACCUUAUAUGCUGCAUGGCAAUUUAGGAAAGGAAUAGAUGGUUUAAAUCUAGACAGUCAGGACAAGGAACAGACAGAGACAACAGAGGAAGCGAAUAAUGUUGGCAGCAGGUAUUACUGUCACCAGUGUGCUGUCCCUUUGGAUGUCAAUAUGGCAUACCCUCUUUUCCAAGGCUGUUUUAUGGAAAAACAUGGUUGUGUCAGCUCGUUGCACCCUCACAUGCUGUCGGAGUCAGAGCCUUCUGCAAGUGACACUGAUAGGAAUGAACCCAUGGUAAUCCCUCCUUCCAAUCCAACAGUCCCGGAUAUUGUCAACAACAACAAUGGUUCAGCACUAAACAGAUUGCUUUCUCAUAGCCUUGGUUCCCAUGAUUACAGCAACUAUGGCGGCACACACCAGGCGCCGGCACAUGAUGAUUCCAACCCUAGUCGGUCAUUUUUACGAACAGAUGGCUCUGAUCAUGCUGUCACCAGCAAUAGCGUGCCAGGCCAUGCAGUAAGGGUCCCUUAUGUUUCAAGUUCCAAUAGUGGGUCGCCUCCACGUUACCUUGUUGCGAAUGCUGGCACUGACCAGCCACAUCAUGGGACAAGGGUUACUUCAUCGGUCUGGAUCUUUUCAGCCAUUGGUUUCGGAUUUGAGGCUGUUUCAGCAUUUUUUGAUCAAGUUUCCACCCCACAGAAGCCUCACUAUGCAUUAUAUGGCAUGCUGUUGUCUUUCGUGGCUGUACUGGUUUGCAUAUUGGACCUCAUUCUCAAUGCCAGGAAACAAAGCACAUCUGAGAAUAACAUACUUUGGAAUAUCUUACCUGAAGUUUUUGGAUUAGCUCUCGCCUGUAUUCAGUUCACUAGCUCGGCCCUGCAGUUUUCAUUUCUCUGCAGGCACGCUGCUAAUCCUGUGAAAGUAUCCGUUGUGCCUUUCUUAUUUUUCUUCGUCUUGUUUGCUUUCAAAUGUAGAAAUGGAAGGAAUUAGAGGUUAGAAGUAGGUAGAAUAUGGUUUCUGUUUUGAUUAGGAAAGAGUAGAAUAUGCUUAUAUUAGUUACUCAUACUGGUACAAGAAACAUGGUUAGUGCUGCUUGGUUCUAUGUACAGUGUUUAUACAAGGACGAAGUAAAGAAUGAGAGAGUAGUUACAUUUCUUUUUGGGACAAGAUCAUAAGAAGAUGGGAUUUCUUGUA